GUGGGCGUGCGUGAGGGCGCGCAGCUGCGGGCCAGGUGUUUGCGUCCUCAGGCCGCGCGGGUCGCGUUCGAAGUCAUGGGCGAUAGGUAUGGUGCCCUGCGGCGGGCCCAACUGCAUCUGGACUUCAUCCACGCCAACUCCACGACUCACAGUUUCCUUUUUGGUGCACUGGCUGAAUUGCUAGACAAUGCAAGAGAUUCAGGAGCUGCAAGACUUGAUGUGUUUUCAGUGGAUAAUGAAAAACUGCAGGGUGGAUUCAUGUUGUGUUUCCUGGAUGAUGGAUGUGGCAUGAGCCCUGAGGAAGCUUCAGACAUCAUUUACUUUGGAACAUCCAAAAAACGGCUAUCAACCUUGAAGUUCAUUGGGCAAUAUGGCAAUGGUCUUAAAAGUGGGUCCAUGAGAAUUGGAAAAGACUUUGUUCUUUUUACGAAAAAGGAAGAAACGAUGACCUGUAUGUUUUUUUCUCAGACAUUCUGUGAAAGAGAAGGUCUUAAUGAGACUUUUGAUGAAUUGAAUAGUAACGAGAGGCACCAUAGUGUAGAAGCUCAACACUUUCUGGCAGAGAGUGCAAUUCGCUGCACUUUGCUGGUUAUUUAUAACUUGAAGCUUCUGCUUAGUGGAGAACCAGAGUUGGAUGUUAAAACUGACAAAGAAGAUAUACUGAUGACUGGGGCUUUUGAGGAUUUUCCAGAGAGAUGGUCAUUCAGAGCCUACGCGUCUGUUCUGUAUUUUGACCCAUGGAUGAGAAUUUUCAUUCAAGCCAAAAAAGUUAAAACUAAACACCUGUGUUAUUGCCUCUAUAGACCCAGGUAACUCAUCUUCCUUCAAUUAUCUUUUUAUGAAUCUCAGGAUGUAUUACAGGAAGCUUUGGAAGAUGUAGAAGCAAAGCAUAAGAACCUUAAAGAGAAGCGUAGACUUGGUGCAGGUGUGGUUGGAAUUGUUAAUAUACCCUUGGAGAUCAUGGAACCAUCCCAUAAUAAACAGGAAUUUCUCAAUGUCCAAGAAUAUAAUCAUCUACUAAAAGUCAUGGGACAGUGCUUGGUCCAGUACUGUAAGGACACCGGGAUCAGUAAUAGAAAUUUAACCUGGUUUUGGAAUGAGUUUGGAUACCAGAAUAAUAAGGACAUGGAUAAACCUUUAGAUUCUAUUCAAUAUCAAAGAAGACAAGCCAUGGCCAUCCCAUUCAUCAUACAGUGUGAUCUUUGUCUUAAAUGGAGAGUCUUACCUUCUUCUACUAAUUAUCAGGAAAAAGAAUUUGUUGACCUCUGGAUUUGUGCUAAUAAUCCUAACCUCUUGGAAAACAGUUGUCAUCAGGUAGAAAAGCUACCCUCCAUCCCCCUGGGCACCAUAAACACAGUAUCAUCAUCAAAAAAUGAGAAAGAGAAGCAACUUAGAGAGUCAGUCCAAAGGUAUCAAAAUAGACUGGCAGAACAGCAGCCACCGCCUCAAUUUAUACCAAUGGAUAGAAUCACUGAGUUCACAUCCGCCAGGCUAACUUCUGCACCUAAGGAAAAUACCAAAACUCAGAAGAUCAGGCUUUUGGGUGAUGACUCAAAGCAUGAAACUCUUUCAUCCUUUGAACUCUUGGUCAGCCGUAGAGGCCAAAAAAGAGACACUGAAAAGACAGACUCUGAUGUAGAAUACGUUUCCGAGACUAAAAUUAGGAAGAAGUAUAUGCGGAAGAAAAUGAAACCUCAACAACAGAGACAUCCAGCAGCUCUGACAGAAAAUGUCAAACUAGCUGAGAGACCCCAGAAAAGUUAGAUUGCUAAUAUCAGCAGUGUCUGGAGAGCUCAAACAACUGAAGGGCCUCUGAGGAAUACCCAGGCCUCUCCUUGGGAAAUGAAAAGGAAGCAGAGUGUAAACCCUGUACAGAAAUGUAAGGCACUGAUUGAGGUUGAAACCAUCAGCAGUGAUCCAGAUAUAAUCCUGGUUUUAAAUAAAAGCAACACUGAUACUUCAUUGAAACAAGAAAAAAAGGAAAUUCCUCUUAUAAACAAAGAAAAACAGGAGCUGCGCAUUGAUGCUCCGGCAAUAAAAAGAAACUCUUCAUUGCCUAACUGGAAAAGUGUUCUAAGUGUGCCAAUGGAAGAUGUAAAGCUAAGUUCUGGACACAAAGACAGAGUUUUUGUGAGUGACAGUUGUAAAGUUGCUUCUUCGCUGACAUCUUUUCAAAGCACAUCUGUCAAGGAAACAGUAAGAAAACUGAUAUCCAAUUUAAGGUAAAAAUAUUUACUCACAUAUUUCUACAUGCUUUACAAGUUGCAUGAUGAGGUUGAAAAAAACUGCUUGUCUGAUGAUCUGGAUGGAUGUGUCAGUAGUAUUUUUAAAAAAUAUUGAAAUUAUUUUCAAAAACAUUCCCAGAUUCAGAAUAUUUACAUGGUCCAAUAUGAAAAAAAACUAAAGAAAAAAAUGCAGUCCAUUAUCUAUGAAGCAAAUAAAAGAGGAGUACUUAAUGAAGUUUCUCUGGGACAAUGUGAACAAAAAAGGAAAAUUACUGAGGAUAAACUGGAGAAUCUUCGUGUUAAACUGGCAGUAUUGUUGCAGAAACUU